CAAAUUAUUUCAAUAACUUCUAUAAGUUACAAAUAGAUGUAUUACCGCAUAGAACUGUUCAUAAAUAUUACAACUCCUAUGUACAGUUUACUAGUGAACAGUAAAAAUGAGCAAGACACUUUGAAUGCAGAUAUGAAGAUACCUGGAUUAAUACUACUAAUGGGACUGCUGAAGUUGUCUGCAGGUGAAGAUGAAAGGCAUGCCUUGUUCUUCCAUACAGGGUCACUAGACCCUGUUGACAACUUUUCUCCUGAUCUCGAUGAUGCAGAAGGCAGACAUAUUCGACAAACAGAAUUAACAGUGAGGUCAAUACUGGAAUGGCUGCAGGGGAGGUACACCCAGCCCUCGAGGAAAAUUCAAAGGAGUUCCAGUCGCCAGGAAGCAUCAGCAUCGCAGCCAUCGCGACAAUAUUUGCCUGUACCUGAACAGCCGUCAACAGAGAGACCAAGACCGUUCCAACCAAGCCCGACAUUGCCUCCUACUCUUCCCCCAAGCUCCCCCCCAGAACCACCCAGUAUCACUUAUUUUCCUGCCCAGCCAUCUCCACCGUCAACACAGCCACCACCAAGCCCAAGUUACCCUCAGCCGGUACCUCCAAGUCCAAGCUACCCUCAGCCUACCCCUCAACCCUUACCACCCAGUACACAGUAUCCAUUUCCUUCAUCAGAGACGCCGACUGGCUAUCCACAAUCUCAGCCACCUCAUCCUCCCUUCCCUCCUAGUUCUCGGCCAGAAACAGAGCAUCAGCCCCCAUCAUCAACACUGCAGCCCCCUGGUGAGGUGCCAUACCCAAUACCAUCAACAACUCAACCGCCAGGACUUAUUCCAGAAGCUGGGGGCGAUCAACAGGUUAUAAUUGGUACAGAAACCAAUGAAAUUGAGGGAAACCAUCCCCCACACAUACACAACAUUGAAGUGGAGUGUGCAAAAGACCAGAUGACAAUAAAUUUGGAGUUCAACAGAGAAUUUAAUGGUGUAAUCUAUUCUAAAGGUUUCUACAGGGAUGAGUCAUGCCGAUACGUGCAUGAGGGUACUGGACAGACUCGGUACUCAUUCACGGUGCGUCUCAAUGCAUGUGGUACCCAGUUCAUAGACCAGUUCAGAGAAGGGGGUCAAGCUUAUCUUGAAAACGUGUUGGUGCUUCAGAAUGAACCAGGCAUUCAGGAGGUAUGGGACACUGUGCGCAGAGUGCGUUGUCUGUGGGAAGGCAACAUCAGGGAAUCACUGUCAGUCUCGCUUGCUGUUGGAAUGCUUAACCAAGAGAUUGUUACAUUCAGUGGCGAUACAGCUGUUGCACACCUUGACAUACAGAUGGGGCGUGGACCAUUUGCUCCAACAGCCAAUGGACUGGUGACGAUUGGUGAAACCAUGACACUUGUGGUGACUGUGGAAGGUGAUCCAGGCUUUGAUAUUCAGGUGCGAGAUUGUGUAGCAAAGGAUGCAUCCUCUGUCAAUGUGCUAAAGCUCACUGAUGAAAGAGGCUGUGUACUGCGUCCCAAACUUAUUGGGGCAUUCCAGAAAACGAGGGAGACUGGUGCAUCUGGAGCAUCCAUCAUUGCUUACGCCUUCUUCCAGGCGUUCAAGUUUCCAGAUGUGAUGGACCUAACACUGGAGUGCAAUGUUGAGCUGUGCAAGACGGACUGUGAGAGCUGUCCAUUGCAAGGACAGAACAUUGACCCUGCCCGAAGGAGGAGGCGUGACAUAUGGGUCAACAAUUCAACCCUUGGUGACCCUGUCAGAGUGUUCCGAACAUUCAGGGUCAUAACUCCAGAUGAUCUUGAUGAAGCCGUCAGUGCUUCCACCAUUGUGAAUGUCGGAUCUGAAAUUGAAGGAGUCUGCUUAUCGCUGCCCGGUUUCCUGCUCGCUGUAAUAUUUCUGCUGUCAGUCCUUGUGGUCUCUUCUCUUCUCUGCACCUAUUUCUGGCUUAAACUGCAGAGAAGUAUAAAAUCGCUUGAAAGCUCCAAGACCGUGCAUCUGGAGGCAUUCCCAGUCUCUAAAGCUUGAAAAACACGAGUUUUGGUUGGUUUGACUGUCGAUGUAAUCCUGUACUGUGAACAUGCCAGAGUCGCUUGCUGAAAAUG